AUGGACAAUUUAAAAACUAAUGCAGUCGAUGCGUCGAAGCUGAAAAAGAUAGGGCGAGGAGAUGGAACGGGAGAUUUUAAGAGUGCUCAGGCACAGCAGCAUACCGGCCUUCAUGCGGACACUAAGUUCGCGGGGCAUACUGUGGCGCAACCGGGAUCCACCACCCCGGAAGCGCUGCAGCGCCCUGGCCAAGGCGCUUGCGCCGCACGUCCCUGUAAGGGGAUAGACGAGGGAGGAGAUGAUUUCGGGAGGCCGAUCCCUAGCGGCAGGGAUCGGGUACCCGAAAUCGAGAGAGAGAGGCGGCUCAGCGUAGUGCUAACGCGCUGCGACACGCCUAUCGCCGCGAAGACUGCUAGCCGGGAGGAGGAGUCUAUGGACUCGGACGACGACUCCUCUAGCGCUAGCAUGAUCACGGUGGGGUCGGAGGUGUCGGGCCCGAGAAGACUCUUCCUAAAAAGGAAUAGGUCGGACCCCGAGGCCGAAGAGUCGGACUCGCCUGGGUCGCUCCUUGAGGGGGCAGGCCACAGGUCUAAAAGGGGAAGAGGCCGCCCCUCCUCCACUGGGAAGUAUGUCGGCCUGGCCGCAGCCAGGGCGGCAUACAACCAGGAGCUGGCCGAAAGCCUGCGGCUGGAGGCAGAGGCUGAGGUAGCAGGGAUGGCUCGGAACCUGAGGGAGGCUAGGGCCUCUUUACAGCCCAGCCCCCACCUUGCUGCCCAAGAGGAGGAUGCCGAGCAGACGAGCGCUGCACUGGCCAGCGUUGUGAAGGCUUCGCUGGAAACCAUUACAAUGGUCGCCACGAAGUCUUCGCAGCUGAAAGGGACAUACGUCCGGGCCCUGAAGGAUGCGGUGAGGGGCAUCCAGGAGGCCGUGUCCCAAAUCAGGGAGCGGACGAUGUCCGAAGAGGUCAUGCGGCUGGAGGCCGCUAACUCCAAGCUCACGAGGGAAGUCGCCGAUCUGCGCCGCGACUUGCAAGAGUUGCGGCAGCGACCCUCCCAGCCUCAGAGCUCGGAGUCAAGCCUCCGGCAGAUACUGGAGGAGACAGCCCGCGCCAACGCUGAGAUGUUCGGCAAUAUGCUGAACGCUCGGUUGGCCGGGAUUGAAGAUCGUCUCCUCCCGGAGCCCCGCAGGAGACCUCCGCUCGCAGCGGACGUCAGAGGCGCCAAGGCAGACCCGGCUCACCCUGAGCCAGCGGGGGCCCCGGCCGCCUCUACAAGCGGUAGUGGCCGCCCCAUGGCAGGGCCAGGCGUAAAGCCAAAGCCCGCCAAAGAGGCUCCCACGAACAGCCAGGCCUCUUCUGCUCCCCCUUCUUCGGGAAAGAAGGGGAAGAGCAAGAAGAAGAGCCUGGCUGCACAGGAGGCAGCAGAGGCUCGGCGUCAGCCUGCCUCUACACCAGCGAUGGAGCCGUGGACCGCCGUUGUUGGCCGAAAGGCCAAGAACAAGGCGGCCAAAGCGGCCAAAGCGGCCAAAGAGCCGCAAAAGCCUCGGCCCACGGCCCAGAAGAGGGCAAAGCUCCGGACACCAAGAACGGCAGCGGUAUCGCUGACGUUGGUGCCCGGAGUCGAGGAGAGAGGCGUAACAUACGCCUCUAUCCUCUCCGAUGCCAAGCGGCGCGUCUCCCUAGCGGACCUCGGAAUCAACAACAUGAGGUUCCGCAGGGCGGCGACGGGUGCGCGCCUGCUUGAGAUCGGAGGGGAGGACUCGGCGGCUAAGGCGGACUCUCUGGCUAAAAAGCUGCGAGAGGUCCUGAGUCCCGACGCGGUCAAGGUCGUCCGCCCAGUGAAGCGCGCGGAAAUCCGCGUCACUGGGCUGGACGACUCAGCCGACGCCAUUGAGGUGGCCGACGCAGUGGCCAAAGAAGGAGGGUGCGCGGUCGACGACGUGAAGCAUGGGCGGAUCGUCGUCGGGCCGAGAGGUGACGGCUCCCUCUGGGUCAGCUGCCCAGUCGCGGCCGCCAAGAGGCUGUCCGACUCUGGCCGACUACUGGUCGGGUGGACGUCGGCCAGAGUAAGGCUCCUCGACCCCAGACCGGCGCGGUGCUACCGCUGUCUGGAGCCCGGGCACCUCGGAGCAAAGUGCUCCUGCGAGGUUGACCGCAGCCGUCUGUGCUUCCGCUGCGGUCAACCCGACCAUCAGGCGCGGGACUGCACGGCUGAGCCCCACUGCCCCGUCUGUGCGACGGCAGGCAAACCGGCGGCUCAUUCCAUCGGUGGCAGCGGAUGUAUUUCCGCCGCCACAAAGCCGGCAGCCAAAAGUCCCAAGAAGGGUGCGCGGAAGCCGAAGCGGCCAAAGCGUAAGGCCAAGAGGGCCGGGGCGGAGCAGAUGGACACCGUUCCUUGA